AUGGACCGGAAGCGCCCCUCGGUCGCGCAUGCGCACGGCAGCAAGCGCCCUCGACGCACAGCCGACGCCGUCCCCGCCUCGGACGCCUCUGGGUGGGCGUCCCUGCACGCGGGUUUAGUUUGUCUGGUCGGGUGGAGGGCGCUGGCCGGCGACAUCCGGGACUACGUCCGGUUCCGCGCCGUCUGCCCCCACUGGCGGGCAUGCUCCGUCUGCCCGCGCGGCCGCAGCGUUGUCGACCCGCGGUUCUACCCGCGUAGGUGGAUGAUGCUGCCGGAGGGCCACGGCCUGUACCCUGGCCACGGCAGGCUGCGCGGGUACAUCCGCUUCUUCAACCUCUCCACCGGCGCCAUCGUGCGUUGCCUGCUCCCGCUUUUCAAGAACCACUGCAUCCUCGACUCGGUCGACGGCCUCCUCCUCCUGCAACGGGACGAGGACACGGCCGUCCAUCUCCUAAACCCCUUCACCGGCGACAUUGUGGACCUCCCGCCGCUCGCGACCCUCGUGCCUCCUCCCGGAUCCAACCCAACCAUCAAUGGAAUAGCCUGGGGGUAUUUUAGAAACAUCGGUGCCACCUCCGUUAGCGUCAGUGCAGAUGGAGCAGUCAUCACUGUCUUGAUCGUGUUUUAUAACAUAUCUGUGUUAGGCUUUGCUACCUCCAAGGACCAUCGGUGGAAUGUCCCGAGCUGGAGGCUCUCACCAAUUGGGAGGCUUAUAUCAUCCCAAGGCAAGCUAUACAUGAUGGAUAACCCCACAUUUGACACUGUUCUUCAUGGUGACACUCAGAUUUUCCAGAUCAGCCCACCUGAGCACGAGGGGAUGGCAUCAGGUUCGUCCCCGAUGCCAUCAAAGAAGUUGAUUGCCACAUGCCCGGCCGGCAAAAUGCCCACCCCUCAGUACCUGGCACAAUGUGACUCGGAGAUCCUGAUGAUCGGGUAUAGGGACGGAUUCUUCACGCACCCCUUGGUUUAUAGACUCUCCGACCUUAUCCUUGACAGGAUCGUCCCGGUAACUAGUAUCGAAGGCAAUGUUCUGUUCAUUGCUGAAAGGAUUCUGAGUGUGAGCCGUAGUGCCUUGCCGAACCUUGCUGGUGACUCCAUUGUAAUCGUUCAUCCCCGCGAAGUAUAUUUGGCGGAAUGCCGCCUCAAUACUGACACAUGGUUACAGGCAGCGGAUGGACGUAUCGCAAGAUGUGAUUUAUCGAGGCCUUACAGCCUCAUUUAUCAUAUCUUCUCUUGUUGUCACCGUGCUUCUUGGUGA